GAACUUUUCUCCCAACAUCAAAGACAUCUCCGAAUUGGUCAAUAGGAUAUAAACUCUCUAUUCAUAUGGAUACUCAUACAUUCCAUGAAGGACCAUAUUAUUGGUGGGAUGGCUGGUUUACGAUAAAUGUUUCUGGGAGACAUAAAUCAGAUGAUUAUUGGAGGAAUUGCACAGAACUAGUUGUAUUUGCUCUA